CAAAGGCUGUCUGGACAAGUGUGCAGGAACCUCCACAUGAGCUGAGGACGUGAGCUGCGGUGUUGGUUCCAAAUGGCGGGAAAGUGUAGCCAGUUGUGGAUCUGGACGAUAGGAACGUUGCUGAUGUGUGUCUGCGUCAACAUGGAUACAGGUGAGCAGACAAAGAAUUCUUCUGAAGAUCUACAGCUUCUAUUCAGACAUCACGGAUCUCUGGCUCGCAGAAAAAGAAACCUCCUGUUCCCCAGCGGGGUGAAACUUUGCAGUCAGGAGACAUUGGACCAAGCGGUCUCCAACCACCUUAACUAUUUUCACCUCAGAGUGUGUCAGGAGACUGUAUGGGAGGCCUUCAAGAUAUUCUGGGACCAGCUGCCAGAACGGGAUCAGUACCAGGACUGGGUUAGCCGCUGCAUAGACGGCUCCAUCAGCAUCACAGAUAUUGGCGGGUUCUUCAGUCAAUCGGAGGAGCACAUAAGCCUCAUUAGAAGUAGAGUUGGCAUGGCAACACCCCUAAGCAGUGCUCCAAUCAGCUCAGGCCUACCUUUGUGCAGUUCUGAAAAUUCAGCAGAGGCCAAUACUGGAGGACUUCUGACCAGCGCUCAGCCAGGUGAAGAGAUCUCCCCCCCUGUCUUUGAGGAAGAAUUAACAGAGAUUCCUGUGGAUUUACCCUCUGACCCGGCAGUCACUGCUUUGCCAGACAAGCCGAGAGGCUGUGGCUCUAAUGCCACAGGUCAGUCUGACGGCACCACAACAGUGGUAAAGUUAAUCUCUAAGCCGACUCCCCAGGACAUGACUGUCCUACAAGAGGACAGUUCUGCCGGGGUCACCUCCUUUAAUGAGGAAGGUUCCCCCGAGAGCUUUGAUCAGCCAGAUGUCGUGACUGAAGAACUUGAAAGUGCUGGAUCUCUUACCCAUAUUGGAAAAGAAGAUGAUUUCUCCCAUACUUUAGUACUCACUACUAAAGAAGAAACUAGCCACAACAUAGAGACGGGUGAAAUUCCCAUUGUAGAGGCAACUGUGAUGUCUGAUCAUAGUGGAGUGACCACUCACCCUGUAGAUGAAGCUAUUCCCUCACAUGUUGUAAAGGACCACAUAGAGGUGACUGAUACGGCGGAAGAAGCAGUUCAGUCACUUGAAGUGGAAACAACAACACUAAAGAAUGCAAAAGAAGAUGCCCCAAACAAAGGAGAAUCAGUGGAAGACUCACCCAAAUCCAUCAAGGAGACAGCUCUGAAGCAAGAUGAAACUCCUCUUGAUGAUACAGGAAAACUGGGGGAAACCACAGCUGGAGCAGCCAUUGUACCAGCAGGGGCAGAGGUUGUCAUAGAAACAGAAGAAGCACAACUGUCACCUGAUAUAGAGCUUGUAGAGGAAAUUGACCCAUCGGAAAUAGCAACACAAGAGGUCAAAUAUGUAGACCCUGUUAGUGACAAUAAACUAGAACCACACAGAACCCACCUUGACUUGCCAUUUGUCGACAAGACACCUAAAGCUUCUAUGGUUGAAACUACAGAAGAGAGAGGUGACGCAGUACAGGUUACAGUAGAGUCCACAUCAGAAGGUUCUGAAACUGAAGUUCCAAUAGAAGAAAACAUGAAAGAAGCACAUCCAGAGUCGUAUGAUGACACUACAGAUUUUAUUGUAGAUGGAUCGGAUGUAUUACUGGCAGGGACUGAAUCUGAGGAACCUAAAGUAAUGUUGGACCUUAAUGAUGAAUCUGAGGUGGGUAAUCCAUCAGAAGAAACCAGUUCUUCACCUUUAGGUGAUAAUACAAGCAAAACGAAACUAUUUUCUCUGGAAGAUGGGGUUACCGAACAACUUGUCCCAAUGGUAUCACCUGAGGAUCAUGUCACCCCACUUGAAGAAAGCGCCCAGACAACUCCAACAGGACUUCUCCCUGACAAAGUCCAGCUCAUCUAUACAGAUGUUACAGCAAGAUACAGAAUACAUACAGAGGCGCCUGUCCAUGAAACAAGGUACAUUGUCGAGUACAAUAAUGGCAACUACCCAGUUCCCACUGAGAGCGCCCUGAAGGCUGAUGACAACUUGUUAGAUUUCCCCUUUCAGGAGCAGCAGAACGUGCUGGGUAAUGAAAUCGACAACACCUUCCUGAGGCCACUUAAGGAUCAAAUUGUGGAGCUGAGCAUUACACUGAAAGAAGAAACCUACAACAAUGCUCUCAGAGACCCGAGUAGCUUCCAAUACCAGCAGCUUGUCCGACACUUUACCCGCAAGAUUGGUGAUGUGUUUGAGAAAGUGCCAGGCUUCAAAAAUGCCUUUGUGAUUGAUUUCAGGCCUCAGAAGGACCUGGAGCGGGGUCUGGUUGUUCAUGUCCACUAUGCCAUCACUUUGGAGGUGGACAGUGGUGGCAUCUCGAAGGAGACAUUUGAUUUCAUCACGCUGCAGAACAACCUGGUGGAGAAGAAUUACUCUGUCGCUGCCGAGCAGCCAACUGUUGUAUAUACCAUCACCGACUUCCGCAACUACAUUACAGAAGCACUGCGCAAAGAUAACUUCCUGACCAACAGCAGCCUGGGGACACUCUCUAACCCGCUUUUGACAGAGAACGCUGACAAUUGGUUGCCUCCAAGGAAUCCUACUAGUCGACCACCUGAUACCUUUGAUAACAUGGAUAAUGUCCUUGCUGCAGAGAGGCCACCGGAUGCAACAAGUCCGGGGAUGGAAAGCAGUGAUGUUUUAUUGAAGAAAGAUGACUUCCUUUUCGACUCGUUUGACUCAUGGAAAGGCACAAACAUUGGAGCUGUGAGCGAAAAUGACGUUGUCAUGGUUGAUGAGAGUACUACUUUCCCAACGUCGGUUCCUGAGGGGAUAUCACAUCAACUGCCAAGCACACAAAACACUGUUGGGAAUAAUGACAAGGAGGGCUUUCUCAUAAAUUACUCUCCUGGUUCUGGAAACGAACCCUUCCAAGAGGACCGUGACUCGACCAGUGUUGAAACUCCACUCAAUACUCAAAGAGGCCAGAAGUUCACAUUAGAUGAUGGCUCUGGCUCUGGCUUCUCAGGAGAAGAACAAGAAAUGGUUCCCCAGUCUUGGGAAAUGGCAGCAAACUUUUAUAGUGAAAGCCAUCUUGAGAUUCUGCCGCCACCAGAUCUGGAGGAGAUGGAUGAGGAGGAUGGAAUCCAGGAUGAACGGGAUGCUCUUGUUCAGUUACUAACCAGUGAAAGGGAUGAUGUUAUGGGUUUCAACUUCACCCCUGCUACACCUUUACCAACACUUUCCACAUUAGAAGAAUAUAAGCCAAGUAGAAGCAUGGAGGAUCUAAUCUUGGAUCAGGUUUUAGUCACACCACACAUUAGCACAGACCCUCGGUUCUCUACCACUCAUGCACCUGUAUUUUCACCCAAGGGCACCUUAACCGUUGAGUUGUCUGUGCAAACAGUGGAAACGUCCGGCAUGUACGAGGAGUUUCAUUUGACUCAGGCACAUCACAAUUUCUUGGCAGUCACAAGAACUCCUCACUCGCAGACGUGGACUCAUGAGCACCCAGUCAUUGUAACUCGACAACAUGACGACACUACACAAGAGCCAGUAUUUGAAGAAGUACAACCAGUCACAGUCAAAGAACCACACUUUGAUGCUAUCACACGACAAUGGCCUGAUGGAGAGUUUCUACCUGAAGAACCAAAUUUGUCACUUCCAGAAAUCCACCAUGAUGAGGUUGAGGUGAUAGAGGAGCAACUCGAACUUUCCGAACCAACAAAACCAAUACCUGGGACCCUUGAAGAUGACUUGGUUGUGGAUGAAAUAUUAGCAGUUACAACUGCUGCCUCUGUGCCUGUCACCACUUUGUCUUCCCUUAGUUCAGACCCCAACCCCAUUGCCCUUUCUCCUGAGAAAGACUCGCCCUUUACACGAGUGUCAGACUCUGCGCCUGAAGAUGAGGACUCGCUUCAGCCAGAACACCCAAAUUAUGACCAUAGUCUAUCAAGCACAAUGUCUUCAAAAGUCAGUGAAACAAAAAGUCAUUCAUCAGACAAAGAUUCCAGCACGAGCUUGGAGGUCUUAAAAACACAGGAAAUUCCCCAUAGUACAAAAGCAAGCAAAAUUCAGCCAAUCAAAGAUAACAUGUCUGAUGUGCCAGGUAUUGAUGUCAGCCUUGACAUGUUCCAGUAUGGAGGCAUGGUGACAGAAGGUGACAGCAGUGGUUAUUCUAGUGAGGUGCAGGGCUCAGAAUUGGACGCAAUGGCAUUGCCAACUAGGCCAGUUCAAGCCUUGACUGUGUUCUUUAGACUCCGAGUGACAAACAUGGCAUUCUCCAUGGACCUCUUUAACAAGAGUUCCCCUGAAUACAAGGCACUCGAGCAACGAUUUCUACAACUGCUCGUUCCGCACUUGCAGUCCAACCUGAACAACUUUCAGAACCUGGAGAUCCUCAACUUCAGAAAUGGCAGUAUUGUGGUCAACAGCCGUAUGAGGUUUGACAAACCGGUUUCCCGAGGGGUUGCCAACGUUGUCUUCCUCAUUCUGGAGGACUUCGCUAACACGGCCUAUCAGACCAUGAACCUCGCCAUUGACAAGUAUUCACUGGAUGUCGAAUCAGGCGACAAAGCCGACCCCUGUAAGUUCCAGGCAUGUAACGCCUUCUCACAGUGUAUGGUCAAUCAAUGGUCUGGCGAGGCAGAAUGUGUGUGUGAUGCUGGAUACCUGAGCGUGGAUGGGCUACCAUGUCAAAGCAUCUGUGACGUGCAAGAAGACUUCUGCCUCAACGAUGGAAAAUGUGAUGUCAUCGCUGGCAAAGGCGCCAUUUGCAGAUGUCGUGUAGGUGAGAACUGGUGGUACCGUGGUGAGCACUGUGAGGAGUACGUCUCAGAGCCACUGGUAGUCGGCAUCGCCAUCGCUUCGGUCGCGGGUUUUCUAAUGGUGGCGGCCGGAAUCAUCUUCUUCCUGGCCAGGACUCUUCGGGAGCAAUAUGACAGUGAGGACAUGGAGGAUCCGCUGAGACGAGGUGACAGCAUGGCAACGCUGGAACGCGCAACCAAAUUCAACCCCAUGUUUGAGAGCGACCCUGUCACCACCCAGUAUUACCGACGCUACGACGAUGAGCGGCCCCGGUACAGCAGCCCCACAACUUCCUCUAAUGAUCUUGGAAGUGAUGAGGUCCGACACAUCUACCAGAACACGGCACUCACCAAAGAAGAAAUCCAGGAGCGUCUCAGGGUCAUCGAGCUGUGCAGCAGAGAUCAACAUUUUGCUGACUUUGUGCGACAGACGCAAGUUUUCCUGGAGCGACGAGGAAGCUCCACCACAUAAUAAACAUGGAACUCAGAAGUACUAAACCUUUUUCUAAAGUAACAUCCAUGAAGUCAGUGUGGUUACGCUAAUGAACAUGUUUGUGCAGCCACGUGAGAGAGCUCCUGAUUGGACAGGACGGUGCUCACUUUUCUACCUUUUCUUUGUUCUCAGCUAACAUCGGCCUUUUAGGGCUAUGUCUACACUAACAAAAUACAGGUUUUUGUGCUUAAAAACUGAGCUUUUGGAAAACUUGGCUGAUGGUGUGAACAGAAAACAGCUUAUAUUGUCUCAUGUCAUAAGAAAUGUGUGACAUUACUUCAUAUAUUUAAACCUUAUUUAACAACACAACAUUAGGAAUGACGUUUUAUAAACUUUACCAAAUCAACUAGGUGGAUUGUUUCGGCAAAAUAACCAUGUUUUAUGUUGACAUACUUUUUUUUUAACUACACUCGUGGAGAAUGGACAUUUUUUCAACACCCAAGUAGCGAGAAUGUACAUUUUUGAAAAUGUCUGUGUUGUUAUGGACAUGAUCUAAACCUACAGGAGGUCCUCGGUCUACGGCGAUUUACUGUUAGUGGAGUUGUAUUGUAAGUUGGACUUCAAACCAGAAUUGUAUCCAAAUGAACACUGUUGCAGUCAGUCACAUUGUGCACACAACACAUGAAGGACAAACUACAGUCAUGAAAAGAUGAAUUAAGAUUCUGUAUGUCACUAGCUAAAAAUUAAUUUUUUUAAAGCAAAGCAUGUAAGAACAGCUAGCAUAUUUUUACUAAUAGCGGUUUAAGAGAACAGAUUUAACAGAUAAAUGUUUAUAUUUGUCACAAUUACAAGUUAAACUUGUAAAAAAUUGCCAUUCUGGCCGAAUAAGAAGAUUGGCGUUCAGGCUUUCAAACAUGACUGUCUCACUCAAAUGUGCAUGUCCGUUGCGCUUGCACGUACACAAAAAAUAUGUUUAAGAACAAAAGGAUGUAAAAUUGACCUAUGAUAAUUUAAAUAUACAUGUAAAAUACAUCCUUGUAGUCUAGAUAAUAUGUAUUGGAUAUGCAUUGGUGUAAUUUUGCUCCACAGUCACGAUUAUAUAUCUCUUUCUGCAUGUGUCUGCAAGAUGUUGAUUGUGGAGGCAUUCCCAGAUUGCAAAUGAAACCUUCAUGCCCCACCCAAAAGUAUCCGAAAUAACUUUUGAAAAUGUACACCGUUAAAAUAUAUAUUUUUUAGACAAACAUCAUCGCUGUUUUUUAUAUAUAUUGUAUAUAUAUUUAUUUCUGCUUGUUUGAAAGUGAGUGCCCUCUAGGCAGCCACCUGUCCGUGACACUCAGCAGCUUUAAAUUAAAGAUUAAUAAAAACAGAACUAAUCCUUACUUUUAUUCCUGUAGUUGUCUUGUAAACCAGAAUGGGUGUUGCAAGGGAAAUAGGAACAGGAAUAAUGAGACAACUAUGCUGCUUGGAUAUCAAUGUCUAUUUCAUAGGAGCAGAUCCUUUCACAUGAUCAACAAUUCCAUCUUUAUCUUCAAUGAUGGUCGUAAUGUUUAAGCGGCUUGGACCAAGCAUGCAACCAAUGUUUCCAAUGUUGCAACUGUGCCUGAUGUUUGGGAGACAUGGCGAAGGGAAACAAAGUUAACUAAAAAGAACAGAAGUGACAUGUCCUCCCUCAGUGUAGCGACGCAUGACUAUGUAUUCUUCCUUUACCUGCGCAUAACUACUUUUUUCUUUUUUGUACAGUAUUAAUACAUUAUGGUCUUGCGCCAAUACCACACCACAUGUAACUCGAGGACCUCCUGUAUUCUGGUUCUGACCUGCCUCAUCCACUAUCCACAUUGCUGUCAAUGCUUGUCAAAGCUGCUCUUGAUGAGCAUGAACUGUGUUGGUUGUCUUUUUGUGUGUUAGUUGUUUGGGCCAGUGUGAUGCCUCCUCAGUGCCUUUGUUGCUCUUUAGUUUGUGUUGCUCUGUUGUUAGCUGGGCCGCUCUACCCUGUAGGCAAAAAACUUGCUGUGUGUAGGGCCCCCCGAUCCGUUAGGAGCCCCCUUUUGCAUGAAGAAGCACAUAUAAAAUGUCAAUUAAUAAAUGGAAAAGAAAAUAAAUUCUGCUUAGGGCACCAGUUUUAGCAUGGGGCGGCCCCAGUUUUUAUAACUUGUUUAGCUUUGUUAGCUCGUGGACGCGACGCAGAGCCCUUAAAACAAACAUCACAAGUCCACCUCAGAUCAAUUAACGUCAUCCUGUGGUCUCGGUCCAGUCAGCUGCCUGCACAGUGUGCAAGCAUGCACGUUUACAUCAAUCAUACACAUGUACUGUUUUUUUUUUUUUUGUAUAAAUAUUUUCAUGAUAGAAUCAUGAUUGUGCUGUAUGUCUUUUCUAGAAUGUGUUUAGCUUGUGCGCAUUGUGUUACUUCAUUUUUAGUUCAUUUUUUUUAAAUCACAGCAGCAAACAAACAUUGCCAUGACAUCAGUGUAAAUAAUGUGACCACUACGCUGCUUAGUUAUAUUUAAGAGCAGAUAUGUUCACAUUUUCAAAGUAUAAUUAUUAUCUUCCAUGAUGGUCGUGACAUUUAAGCAGCUUGGACCAAACAUGCAACCAAUGCUGAUUUCCACACUUUCUGAACAUUAUAUACCAUGUCUAGUUUCACUACAGUUUCUAAUUUCACUUUCCUUUUCUUUGACACCCUGCCAUCAUAAGAGUCUGCCUCAUGUUUGGGCGACAUCAUAAAGGGAAAAACUAAACUAACAAAACUAAAAAGAACAAAAGUGAUGUUGUCCUUAUUCAGUGUAGCAACACACAGCUACUCAUUAUUCCACUUAUGUAUUCUUCUUCCACCUGCAGAAGAAGUUAUCUUUUUUUUUGCGUUGUAUUAAUUAUUUAUGGCAACAUAUUGUAAUAUGCGGACUUUAUGACUUGUUUGUUUUACGAGCACACAGUGAACAGAGGGCUGUGUAAUUAAUAUGUUUGAUGGACAUUACAUAAUUGGUGGUUUGUUGACCCUGCUGACAGUGCAUAAAGAGAAGACAUGUUAGUUCCAGAAUUGCUUGAGCAAUAAUUAUAGUUAUAAUGUUUUUUAUCGUUAAAAAAAUGGCAUUUAGAACGGUAAGACACUUAAUCGACCGCCUCGGUUUUUAGGGGCUCCCAAGUAUUUGGAAAGCAAUGAUUUCUAAUACGUAGAUACAAGUUCUGCUGAAUUCCGAAGACCAUGAUAUUUUUUUUUGUCAGGCCUUCUUUACAUAAAUGUUAUUUAUGAUUAUUUACCUUCACAUCCUGCUUUUACCUUGGUUGUCAGUCAGUGAAAGUGAGGUAUUUGAGCUCAUCAUUCUUCACUCUAAUAAUGCAUUCUUGUAAUGGCCCCUUUAUCCACAACCUCAACAAAAGUUCUUCAUGGGUCCAUAUGCACCCUUACAAAGUUUGGUGGAAUUGGGUUUUAUAUUUUUAUUAAUAAAAAAAAACAAAAA